UGGACUCAGUAAACAAUUGUCGCUGUAACUGGAAGUGAAUUGCAAUGGAGCUGCCUUCGAUCACCUGGUUCCUGGUCCUGCUCGUUCUGCACCCGGAAUUGGCCAAAUCGGAGGAAUGCCAGCAGCAGCUGGAGAUUGACAUGGAUCUGGAGGAGAUGGCGUGCAAGAAUUUCCAUCAAUAUGCCUGCGGAAAUUGGUAUGCCAGCAGUGUGCAGCGAAAGUUGGGUGCCCACGACAUGCGAUCCAAGUGGCUGGCCAACAUGAAGAUGCAGCUGAUCCGGCACCUCGGAUCCGAUUCCAGUCCGGUGGUGGACUCCUCCUCCUCCGCCCAGCUGACCACUUUCUACCAGAGCUGCAUGUCCAGUGACCAGUCGCUGAGAUCCUACACCGAUGCCCUCAUCCGAAGUAGUGGCACCAACUUCCCAUUGUUGCAAAACAACUCGAACAGCUCUUUUGAUUGGAUUCCGGUGAAUGCGGCACUGCGAACGUAUGGAGCCCCGAGUUUUUGGAGACUCUUGGUCCUCGACAAUUGGCAAUUGGCCGAUCAGAAAAUCUUCUACAUACUUUCGCCCACAUUCGACCUACUGGGCCAUGGAGAUGAGUUCACUGAGUUCUUUUACGAGCGUAACCUCAAAAUGUUACUCAUGGAAUUGGGUUUGCGAGUGCGUAGAGCGGCACAAUUGGCUGCGAAUCUGGUGGAAUUCGAGAAGAGUCUGCGGAAUCUUACGCCUGAGAAUAUGGAGAAUCUUUCCGUUCUGCGAGAACCCCAAAAGCUAAGGGACUUGGAACUGGAAUUGCCGGAAUUGCAGUUAAGGCGAUACUUUGACACCAUUCUACAGGGUCUCGAUUGGGAUCCAUCCACACUGUUGCUGGUGGCGGACAUCGGCUAUUUGCGGGGUCUGCAGGGAUUGCUGGCCAAGCAGACGGAUCCCCUGAUCCUGUCCACCUGGUUGCUACUGCAAUUGCCCCUGCGUUUCGAGUACAAAAUGCACGAGGAUGAGAAACUAAGCACACAGCAGGUGCGUUGUCUGGAUCAGCUGAGGAAACUAAUGCCAGGAGCAUUGGGUCGUCUCGAAAUAGAACUGAUGUUGGGUGAGAACUACCAGGAUGUGUAUGACACCUCCAUACAGCAGACAGCACUGCUGUUCAGGGAUCUCAAGCAGCAGUUUGAGUUGAGUCUGAAUCGAACGGAGGUGUUCAACGAGGAUUUGGUGACCCGCAAUUUGGCCGUGGAAAAGCUGCGGGCCAUGCGAUUGCUGACACCACGCCUGCAGGAUCCCACAGGACAUGCGGCGACAGGUGCCACGCCCCUGGGCAGCAAUCUCGAUGAGAAUCUCAUCCAGCUGUCACUCAACCAGGCCAGAUUGGAGUUCCGCCAGGCGGUGUUCGGCGCCGAAGCGGUGACCUCAAUGCCCUCGGAUCCCUUCUCCGUGAAUGCCUACUAUCGCCUCAAACUGAAUCGCAUCGAAUUGCCGCUGGGUCUAAUGGCCACGCCCCUUGCCCGUGAACACCACUGCCCCAAGGAGGCGGGAUUGGGCUUCAUCCUGGCCCACGAAAUGAUGCACGCCUUGGACUACGAUGGCAUUAAUUACGAUGCCACUGGCCAACUGGCCAAUGGUCAAUGGCCGGCCAGAGCCAUCAUCCGAUUUGGGGUGCGGGCCAAUUGCUAUAUCGACCUGUACGGUAAUGCCACGGUGGCCAUCAAUGAGAAUGUCGCCGAUAGCGAGGGUCUACGCUUGGCCCUCGACACAUUUCGCCGGCGGAAUGGCACCCAAAAUCUAAGGGAUUUCUUUGUGACCUAUGCCCAGAACUGGUGCGGCACCAGCAAUGCGAAUCUAUCAGGAAUCCCCCAGAUGGUGACCCACUCGGGUCAUGUCGACCGGGUCAACAAAGUGGUGGCCAAUCUGCCGGAAUUCGGAGAGGCUUUCCACUGCACGACGACCAGUCUAAUGAAUCCCAUCAACAAGUGCCGCAUUUGGUGAACGAUUCCAUGGCCUAUCUACAUUCUUUUUUCAAACAUAUUGUGACCUACCCGACCCUGCAAUCAACUAGACAAUAACAAUUGGUAAAUUAUAUUUUAAAACGAAUAAGAUCAUCUAAGAUUAAAGGCAUGUGUGAAACUAUUUUAAAAUGAUUGGUGGACUGCUAUUUUUUUCAAAAUAAAAGACUCUGGACUUGUUAGUAAAUAAGCAAA